AUGGCUUCCAAAACAAGCGACGAGCUCUAUCAGCUCGAACUUCUCUCUCUCACAGGAAAGAUCGCCACGGAGCUGCUCAAUCACACGGGCAUCAACGACCGCGUGCUUGCAGAGUUCAUCCUUUCGCUCCACGACUCGACCACCUCGGUCGCCGACUUCAAGUCGAAGCUCUCCGAGGUGGGAGCCGAUUUUCCAGACAGCUUUGUCACCAACCUCGACCGUCUCAUCCUCCGACUUCACCCAAAGCACAAGAAGGCUGCAGCAUCCUCAGCGUCCUCCACCAACGCUAAAGCUGGCUCGUCUUCUCCCAGCGCCAAGGGCAAGGAGAAAGCGUCCAUCGAAGAUGAGCAGCGCGAGCGAAGAGCGCGCAUGUUUCCCGGUCUCGCCAUCAAGGACCAGGAAUGGCAGCCUUCCCAAGAGAAAGGCCGUGACGCCGUCGACGACUUUAUGAAGCAGUUCGAAGACAUGGCUGCUGCCAAGUCCCGCUCGCCUGCCAAUGGACGUGACAGCCGCAUAGCAACAGAGUCGCGCUCGCCACCACCAUCCUCAUCCUCUUCUAGGCACACAGCCAAAUACGACCGUGAUGAAGCGUCUUCGAGCUCCCGCAGAGGCCGAGAUGACCGCCCGCCGCCCCAUCUCUCUCGUCCACCUCCCGACGAUCGACCGCAACUGUACAAGAUCUACGAAGGCAAAGUGAGCAACAUGCGCGACUUUGGCGCCUUUGUCGCUCUCGAAGGCCUUCGUGGCCGCUUCGAAGGCAUGGUUCAUAUCGGCUCCAUCGCGACAGGUACGCGCGUCAACCACCCUUCCGAUCUGCUCUCAAGGGGGCAAAGCGUCAAAGUCAAGGUCAUGUCCGUCGUCGGCGACCGUAUCGGCCUCUCCAUGAAAGACGUCGACCAAGCAACGGGUCGCGACCUGACUCCUCACUUGCGAAUCAAGAGCGAGGCGGAGAUGGCAGAGGAACGCGAACGUCAUGCCGCACGCUCGGCUAGCGGUGCUAACAGCGCUCCUCUGGGUGGUGCGAGAGCCAACGGUAACGGUAAUGGAGCGGGAAGCGGCAUCACAGUCAAGGAAGACGGACGUGGCAGAAGCAUCAAGCGACUCACCAGUCCCGAGAGAUGGGAGCUUCGACAGCUCAUUGCUAGUGGUGUGGCCAAAGCGAGCGAUUACCCCGAGCUAAUAGAGGACGACCUCCGUACACCCAACACCCAGCCCGGUGCGGACGACGAUGACGAGGAGAUCGAUAUCGAGGUCAACGAAAAGGAAGCGCCCUUCCUCAAAGGGCAAACAAGCUCCUCAAUCGAAAUGUCGCCCGUCAAGAUCGUCAAAGCUCCCGACGGCACCUUGAAUCGUGCUGCCAUGGCCGGUGCUUCGCUCGCCAAGGAACGCAGGGAGCUGCGCAAGCAAGAAGCAGAGGAGGAAGCCGAUGCCGAGGCUGGCGACAUGACCUCGGGCUGGCUCGAUCCCAUGGCACAGCAAGGUGACCGCAUGUUUGCCCAGGAUCGAAGGGGAAACAUCCUCGGACAGAAGGCGCAAGACCAACCUGCGUGGAAGAAGGAGACGUUCAACAAGGCCACCACUUUCGGCCGCAUCACUAAUCUCUCGAUGCAGGAACAGCGCCAGAGUCUGCCCAUCUUCAAGCUGCGUCAACAGCUAGUGCAAGCUAUCCGAGAUAACCAGGUACUUAUCGUCGUCGGAGACACGGGUUCGGGCAAGACGACGCAGAUGACGCAGUACUUGGCCGAAGAAGGUUUUGCAGAGCGCGGCAAGAUUGGUUGCACGCAGCCUAGGCGUGUAGCCGCCGUAAGUGUGGCCAAGCGUGUAGCGGAGGAAGUGGGGUGCAGGGUGGGGCAAGAGGUCGGGUAUACGAUCCGUUUUGAGGACUGCACAAGCCCGGAAACCAAGAUCAAGUACAUGACCGACGGUAUGCUGCAACGUGAGUGUCUCGUCGAUCCAGAUGUUUCCAACUACUCGGUGAUAAUGCUCGACGAGGCGCACGAACGCACUAUUGCCACCGACGUGCUGUUUGGUCUGCUCAAGAAGGCGCUCAAGCGACGACCGGAUCUCAAGCUUAUUGUCACAUCGGCGACGCUGGACGCAGAAAAGUUUUCGACAUACUUCUUUGGCUGCCCCAUCUUCACGAUUCCUGGCCGAACGUAUCCGGUCGAGAUCCUCUACACCAAGGAGCCCGAGCCAGACUACCUGGACGCUGCGCUCAUCACGGUGAUGCAGAUCCACCUGUCGGAACCCACGGGCGACAUCUUGGUGUUCUUGACGGGUCAAGAGGAGAUCGACACGAGCUGCGAGAUCUUGUUCGAACGUAUGAAGGCGCUGGGCCCCAGCGUGCCCGAGUUGCUCAUCCUGCCAGUCUACUCUGCUCUGCCGUCCGAGAUGCAAACCAAGAUUUUCGAGCCGACGCCGGCGGGAUCGCGAAAGGUGAUUUUGGCGACUAACAUUGCCGAGACGAGCAUUACCAUUGACGGAAUCUACUACGUGGUCGAUCCGGGGUUCGUCAAGCAGAACGCGUACGACCCGAGGCUGGGCAUGGAUUCACUGGUGGUGACGCCCAUCUCGCAGGCCCAGGCUCGGCAACGUGCCGGGCGUGCGGGUCGCACAGGCCCAGGCAAGUGCUACAGGCUGUACACCGAGGCAGCGUAUCGCAACGAGAUGCUUCCUAACUCGAUCCCUGACAUCCAACGUCAAAACCUGGCCUCGACCAUCUUGGCGCUCAAAGCGAUGGGCAUCAACGAUCUGGUCAACUUUGACUUCAUGGACCCGCCUCCGGCCCAGACGCUGCUGACGGCACUCGAGUCGCUGUACGCGUUGUCUGCGUUGGACGAUGAAGGGCUGCUGACGCGGCUGGGACGCAAGAUGGCAGAUUUCCCCAUGGAGCCGAUGAUGUCCAAGAUGCUGAUUGCGUCGGUGGAUCUGGGAUGUUCAGAAGAGAUGCUUUCGAUUGUGGCGAUGCUUUCGGUGCAAAACGUGUUCUACCGACCCAAAGACAAGCAGACGCAGGCGGACGCCAAGAAAGCCAAGUUCUUCCAGCCGGAGGGUGAUCAUCUUACACUGCUCACCGUGUACAACGGAUGGGCGGCGAGCAAGUUCAGCAUGCCGUGGUGUAUGGACAACUUUGUGCAGGGGCGAUCGCUGCGUCGGGCGCAGGAUGUGAGGAAGCAGCUGGUGGGCAUCAUGGACCGGUAUUCGAACGACGUGGUGUCGUGUGGCAAGAACUACAACCGUGUGCGCAAGGCGAUCUGUUCCGGGUAUUUCAGGAAUGCGGCCAAGAAGGAUCCGCAGGAAGGGUACAAGAGCUUGGCCGAGGCGGGGGGCACGGUGUACAUCCAUCCGAGCAGCUCGCUGUUCAAUCGCGCGCCCGAGUACUGUGUGUACCACGAGGUGGUGCUCACCACGCGCGAGUACAUGCGUGAGGUGACGGCGGUCGAGGCCAGGUGGCUGGUCGAGGUCGCGCCGAGGUUCUUCAGGCAGGCGGAUGCGCUCAACAUCAGCAAGCGCAAGAGGCAGGAGAAGGUCGCCCCGCUGUUUGAUCGCUUUGCCAAGCACCAGGACGAGUGGAGACUGAGCAAAGUCAAAAGGGUGGGCAAGAGUUCGCAGACGUUUGGCUAG